CUUUGACAUUGACGUUAACGUGCUACAGCUACAGCUGACACCCCCAAAAAUGUUUUCUUUUCAGAAAAAAAUAGUAACAUACUGAAAAGAUUAUUUGGAUGUGAAUAGAUUUAUCAACAAAGGAGUUUUUGUUUACAACAGCAAAAAUGAUGCCCAUAAAGGACAAUAAGGAUGUAGCCUGCUUUUUCUGCACAAAGCACACUACUUGGAAGGGAAAAUACAAAAGAAUUUUUUCUGUGGGCACAAUGGGCAUAUCAACUUACAACCCAACGAGCUUAGAAGUAACAAACAAAUGGCCUUACAGUGAGUUCAUCUCUGUAACACCAUUGAGGACCAGUCCCAGUGAAUUCCAAAUCACUAUGAAAAAGGACAAGAAGGUGGACAAAAUGACCUUUUCCACAGAGCACAGGAUACAUUUGCUAACAGAAGCACUGAAAUUUAGAAAUCACUUUUUGGAGAAACCCAGAGAUACCUUUAGAUAUCAAGCAUAUAAAUACCACUGGUCAGACAUAAGACUUCCUGUAAUUUUGGAAGUGACAUGGUACUCACUAGAUCAGCUUGAUCCUGCUACAAAUAAAGUCUUGGCAAGUUACUAUUUCAAGGACAUUGAGGGUAUUAGACCAGUAUCUGAUUUACCUGGUGGUUUUGUGAUCAUGUGUGGUGGUUUUGGCAGAUUACACUUAUUCCAAGCUAUAAAUUUUGAGGAGAUUAAAAUAAAAAUGCAUGAGUCUGCAAAUGUAAAUAUAGGUAUAAAUGUGAAACUGAUGGGUAAUGCACUUACGUUAGAAGAAUUUCAAAAUCAAAGAUUCGGAAAAUAUAGUGAUGAUGAGUAUAUAACUGCAGUAUCUGAGUUUUCUGUAUAUAAAGUAAACAAAGUAAGACACAAUGACCCAGUACGGCGUACCCUAUGCCUCUCAGAGCAUUGUUUAUUGGAGAGAGAUCCUCAGACUUACAGCAUUUGUACUCUUCAACCUCUCAACAACAUAUUUGCACUUGUGCGGGAUAAUUCGAACCCCCAACUCUUCUCCAUAGAAUACUUCAAUGGUCAGACGAGAACUUACACCACAACUGAUAGGGAUUCUCUGCUUGCAUCUUUAUUAGAUAGUGUAAGAGCAGCAGGCAACAAAGACGUUCACGUAACAAUGGUCCACACAGAUAGGGGCCUCAGAUUGGGGCCCCUACAUCUACCUAUUGAGGAGGAAGCUGAAAGCCUUCACCUCAGGCUUUUAUCAAAUCCAAUGUCCAAACCGUUUGCACAAUGUGUAAGGAGGUUCAAUGUAAAUAUACCUUAUAGUGGUCUUCUGUAUAGUGUUACACAAGAGGGAAUAUUCACUGAAAAUAAAGAAAAACUGAUUACGGGUGCAUUGCAAUCUUUAGUAUCUAGAGAAGGUGAUCAAAAAACAAUACCAUUGGUAGAGUUAGAGGCACAGUUCCAAGCGUUGAGAAGACUGUUAGCUAGUAAAGUAGGAUAUGCUUGUUUUACCAAAUUAUCUGGUUUUAGAGAAGCAAUAGGUCUAAAAGUGAUAACAGCACUAAAACGAAAUGAUUAUGCAGUUACACAGGCUGCAAUUGACAUGAUAUGUGCUCUAAUGCAUCCAAUGCACGACGACUAUGAUCUCAGACAAGAACAAUUGAAUAAAUCGUCCUUAUUACAAACGAAGUCGUUUCUAGAAAGUUUGCUUAACAUGUGGACGACACACAUAGCACAAGGGACGGGGGCUCUGAUAGUGUCAGCUAUGUUGGAUUUCUUAACAUUCGCCCUCUGUGUACCUUAUAGUGAGACUACCGAGGGUAAACAAUUUGAUAUACUACUUGAAAUGGUGUCAGAACGGGGCAGAAUGUUGUUUCGGCUAUUUCAGCACCCUUCAAUGGCAAUAGUGAAAGGGGCAGGCCUGGUGAUGCGGUCACUGAUCGAAGAGGGCGAAACAGAGGUUGCAGAGAAAAUGCAGAACCUGGCUUUGGCCGAGGGGGCCUUACCCCGUCAUUUGCACGCUUCCCUAUACUCUCAUGCUGCGGAUGGGAGGAUGCUGGCUCACAGGCAACUGAGCAGGCAUUUGGUCGGAUUGUGGGUGACGGGGAAUCCCACAGCGAUGGCCUUGCUGAAGAGGAUAAUGCCUCCAGGCCUCAUAGCCUUCCUGGACUCCAAAGACUCGAUCCCUAAAGAGGCGUUAGAGCAAGAGAUGCUCAACAAUCGUGACAACCUCAAAAUAGCCCAAGAGCACGCCAACAAAUCGAGACGGAACCCAAACUGGGUCGCAGUAGAAAGACAAUUGAAAAUGGUUGAGAAGAGGGUCGAGCACUACACAAACUUGGCCAUGCAGCAUUGGGGCACAAGGGUGGGAAUUACGUUGAAAAGGGAGGAAAAGAUGAAGGAACGGCCGAUUGUGUUGAGGAGGAGGAGGGAGAGGAAGAAAGCGGAGUCGAAUUGGCCGUUGUUUUAUUGGAAUUUCAAUCAGGAUCAUGCACGCCCUAAUUUAAUUUGGAAUCACAAGACUAGAGAAGAAUUAAGAAGUGCCUUAGAAGCGGAAAUAAGAAAUUUCACGUCAGAUAGAGAAUUAGCUGGGUCAGCACUGGUUGCUUGGAACCACCAAGAAUUUGAGGUCAACUACACUUGUCUCGCGGACGAAGUGAAAAUCGGUGAUUACUAUCUUAGACUUCUGUUGGAGACAAGUGAUGAAAGUUCUCCUAUACGCAGAUCAUACGAAUUUUUCAAUGACCUGUACCAUCGUUUUUUGUUGACCACAAAAGUUGAGAUGAAAUGUAUUUGUCUUCAAGCUAUGUCGAUAGUAUAUGGAAGGUAUUAUGAAGAUAUAGGCCCUUUUGGGGACACUAGGCAUAUCAUUGGAAUGUUAGAAAAAUGCGUUGAUCGUCAAGAACGAGACCGCUUAGUCCAGUUCAUCUCCCGACUAAUCUUGCACCCAAAAAACGUCAGAGAAGCAGUAGACUCUGGUGGGGUCCAGAUUCUUGUUGAUUUAACAACAUUGGCACAUUUGCACACAUCUAGAGCGGUGGUACCGCAGCAAACCAAUGUCAUAGAAGCGGGACCGGGCAUGGUAGAACGACAGGAGCGGGAAUGGUACUAUAAUUUAGAUAAGAAGAAAGAAGGACCUGUCACCUUUCAAGAGCUGAAAGAAAUGUUCGAAAAGGGCAUAAUAAACCACAAAACUCGAUGUUGGGCUGCUGGUCUUACAAACUGGAGAGCAUUAUCGCAACUACCUCAAUUAAAAUGGUACCUGUUAGCCAAAGGAAGUCCUUAUUUUAACGAGAGUGAACUGGCCACCUGUAUUCUCAAUAUCCUUAUAAAGAUGUGCGAAUAUUUCCCCAGUCGAGACCAAGACGACGCUAUAGUGAGGCCGCUGCCAAAAGUCAAACGUCUCCUUUCCGAACAACCGGUGCUCUCGUACAUAGUCCAGUUGCUCCUCACUUUCGACCCGAUUCUUGUCGAAAAAGUGGCAACGUUGCUUUGUGAGGUGAUGAGGGACAAUCCAGAGGUCAACAAGUUGUACCAGACAGGCGCAUUUUACUUUGUCAUGAUGUACACCGGCAGCAACGUCCUGCCUAUCGCCAAGUUCCUGAAGCUGACGCAUACCAAACAGGCUUUCAAAGCCGACGACAAUGCGUCACAAAUAAUGCAGAAGAGCAUAUUGGGGAGACUGUUACCUGAGGCUAUGGUGCAUUAUUUAGAGAAUUACGAAGCAGUAAAGUUUGCGCAGAUAUAUUUAGGAGAAUUUGAUACUCCUGAAGCAAUAUGGAACCAUGAGAUGAGGCGUAUGCUUAUCGAGAAAGUUGCGGCCCACAUAGCAGAUUUUACGCCCAGGAUUCGAAGUCACACUAUGAUUAGAUACAAUUAUAUUCCAAUACCGGCUGUGAGAUAUCCUCAGCUUGAGAGGGAACUAUUUUGCAACAUAUUCUAUUUGCGACAUCUCUGUGAUAGUACUAGGUUUCCUGAUUGGCCUAUAUCUAACCCUGUACAAUUGUUGAAAGACGUUUUGGAUGCGUGGAAAAAUGAGGUUGAAAAGAAACCACCACUGAUGACUGUGCGAGACGCGUAUGAAAGUCUUGGUUUAGAUGAAAACAACAACGAUGAAUCAGCCAUUAGGAAAGCUUAUUACAAGCUUGCUCAACAAUACCAUCCAGAUAAAAAUCCUGAAGGAAGGGAUAUGUUUGAAAAAGUGAAUCAAGCGUACGAAUUCCUAUGUAGUAGAAGUAGUUGGACAGACGGUCCAAAUCCACACAAUAUUGUUUUAGUGCUACAAACACAAAGUAUUUUAUUUAGGAGGUAUACUGAAGAAUUGCAACCAUACAAAUAUGCAGGGUAUCCACAACUGAUCAAGACAAUCAAGAUAGAAACUGCGGAUGAUCAGCUAUUUUCUAAAAACGCUCCGUUAUUGACAGCCGCCUGUGAACUAGCCUAUCAUACAGUGCAAUGCUCAGCACUAAAUGCCGAGGAGUUAAGAAGAGAAAACGGCUUAGAGGUUCUUCUCGAAGCUUACACGAGAUGCGUGAAUGUCCUGAACAAUUCUUCUAAACCUGAGGAGACGCCUGUCCAAGUUUGCGCUCAUAUAACAAAGUGUUUCACUGUAGCUGCACAAUUCCAGGCUUGCAGAGAAAGGAUGGUUGAUCUGAAACAGCUUGUAAAGGAUCUAUGCCGUAUACUCUACUUCAAGCAUCUUACAAAGUUGUGUUCGAUAGCAACGGAAUGUGUAACGGCUCUCUCCAUAGAUUCGAUCCUACAAAUGGAGUUGUUAAAGUCUGGAGCAUUGUGGCAUCUAUUACUCUACAUGUUCCAUUAUGAUUUUACUUUGGAUGAAGGCGGUGUUGAGCGAUCCGAAGAUGCCAACAAGCAAGAGGUUGCUAAUAGACUGGCUAAAGAAUCCGUGAAAGCAUGUGGUGCUCUAGGAGGUUACGUUCCAGGGGAAAACGAACCUCCACCAAAUAUGCUAGCUAGAAGUAUAUUAGAAAGCUUGUUAACGAAAUACUUGGCGAAUCAACUAGGUCAUGAAAAACCGGAGGAGAUUCUCAAGAUUUUGAACAGCAACAGCGAAACUCCUUACUUGAUUUGGGACAAUAGCACCAGAGCCGAAUUGAUGGACUUCCUCGAAAGCCAGAGCCGGAAUCGGAACGAAAUCGAUGUUAGUCUGGCCAAUAACUUCAAAUACUCCGCGCAUGCUGGCGAGUUGAGAAUCGGUGGAAUAUUUAUAAGGAUUUAUAACCAACAGCCGUCCUAUCCCAUCCAGGAUCCGAAAGGUUUCGUCACGGAGCUACUCAACUUCCUCAAGGAGCAAUCUGAGUACCUGCUCAAUCUGGUUAACAUAGCGUACUCGUUGACCAUCGAAGAUAGAAUCAAGAGUUCUGUGAUGGCCCUGGAAGCACUGACUAACGUGAUAAGAAAUAAUCCUGGAGUUGAGACUCAGUGCAUCGGACAUUUCAGGCUUUUGUUCAAGUUGCUCAGUGUUAGCUGCAUACCGGUUCAAAAAGGAGUGCUAAAUGUCAUUUGUGUAGUGACGAGAAACAAUGAAUGUAUCAAUGACAUUGCCGCCAGCGAAGUGUUAGGAUAUCUGUUGAUGUGCCUGUAUGGACUACAGGACUGUCAACCGCAGAUAUUAGACACUUUGUACGCCCUUAUGACGACAACAAAGAUUGUCAAAGAGGCUUUGCAUAAGGGUGCCGUGAUCUACCUCCUAGAUCUUUUCUGUAACUCCACCACGCAACCGGUCCGCCAAACUUCUUGCGAACUGCUCGCUCGCAUGAGCCUGGACAAACUGGUUGGUCCGCGCGUGCGGCUCGCACUGGCCGCCUUUUUACCUCCCAUCUUCGCGGAUGCGAUGCGUGACAGUCCAGAGGCAGCGGUGGGCAUGUUCGAACAGGCGCACGAGCAUCCGGAGCUGAUAUGGGACCAGGAGGCGAAGGAUAGGGCUUGCGCGUGUGUGGCACGCUUUCGAAGGGAGCACCAAGCCAACCAAAGUUCGAACCCGUCCGUCCUGUGGAAGUUACCUGACACCAACGGAAUGACGAAUCUUGCCACACCCAAUGAAAUAGUUGUGGCAGGAGUGUAUCUGAGAAUCUUCAUAGCCAAUCCUUCUUGGACCUUGAGAAAACCGAGAGAGUUUCUCACAGAGUUAUUGGAAACCUGUCUGAAUCUCAUGAACAAGGACAAGCCAAACGCAGAGUUGCUCGAGAUCUGCACAAAAGCUCUUUGCUGUUUGCUCCAGAACCAACCCGCGUUGUUAGAUUUGAUACCAUCGAUGGGGCACAUUCCUAGGCUGUGUAGACAAAUGGGCUCCAAUAUCAAGCAAGUCGUCGUGCCAAAGUCAGCUAUUUGUAUAUUGAAUUCCUUGUCUAUGAGCAAUAUCUGCGUGAACGCCAUCGCCCAAACCGACUGCAUGCACCCCUUAAAGCAAGCAAUGCAAGCGCGGCGAGACAUGGUCGCAGUGGCGUGCGAAGCCCUCCAUCGCCUGUUUUCCAACAACCAGGACCAGUUGGUGAAGCAAGCUUUGGACGUGGACUUCGUUAACUUCCUCCUCAAUCUGCUGGAGGCCAGGCUGGACCUGGUGGAGAACCCCGCCAUGACCAAGGCGCAGAUCGUUAAGGCGCUCAAGUCGAUGACUAGGAGUCUCUUGUACGGGGAUAAAGUGAAUUCGAUCUUGGAAAAGAGCAGUGUGUGGUUGGAGUAUAAGGAUCAGAAGCACGAUUUGUUUAUAUCGAAUACGAACAUUUCGGGAUACCUUACUGCUGGUACACCAACAACUGCAGGCUACCUGACCCAAGGGCCCAGCAACAAAGUUACAGAAGCCCCACCGCCUGUUGAGAAGGAAGACCCUCUUCUGCGCGGAGACUGCCUUUGACUUAAACAGCCCUACGUGAGCGGCUGAAAAUGAUCUUGAUUUUGACGAAAAAAUAAAACAUUCCUGCGAUAUAGCAAUACCAGCGAUCGGCGAGGGAUCCGAAAAGGUAUCGCGAUGCGUUCAGAUCGUAGCAAAAGAAUUAUUGAAAAAAGAGAUUUCCAUGAGUUUAUAAAAUAGCGGCAGUUGAAACUUGGAGGUUUAGAAGAGGCUAAAAAUGCGGACAACUUAUGCACGGUGAAUCAAAAGUAAACGUAAAUGUCGAAGGCCCAUUUGCUUCUCGUAGUGAGAAAAGAAUUCAUGAAGUUUUUAUUCUAGCAAACGCUAAACGUAACAUCCAAAGGUCGUGACUAAUGACGAUGACGAGGCAGUUUAGCGUCAAUCUUUUUUAUCUACCAUUUCAAGAAAUUCAGUUAGCUUAUGAUUCUGACCUUGAAUUCUUAGAAGUAUCUCAUUUUUAUGGGUACAGGGUAUUUUAAGUCACUUAAUUUCUGAUUUGGAUCAAGUUGCAAAGUACGUUGUCUUCUUUGGAUCCUGAAAUAUAUGAGCAUCCCUACGUAAUACCCAAUACCAUGCACGCAAAGAUUACUAGUAAGCGGGGCUCUGGCUGACAAACUAGUAUAGGGUGUCUCAAUAAGAGCGCCGGAUUUUAUUUUCAAGAAAGACACAAUUUCUUUUCGAAUUAAGCGAGUAUUUAUAUUUUAACAUGAAGAGGGAUAGUUGCGAUUAAGCAUGGAACAGGACAUCCGGUAAAUGGCCACCACGAAACCUCUGGCACAGGGUCAGUCUUUUCAUAAAAUUCUGGAUAACGUUUUCGCACAACUGUGGCUCUAUUUCGUCGAUAGCGCGCCGUAUCUCGUUAAGGCGUUUGUGGCUUGUUCGCAUACAUGUUUUCCUUACGGCAACUAUCGACUGGCGCAUUAUUGCGACCGAAAAUUGUGCGUAAUUUGCGAACUGUUUCGUAAUUGAACGUUGCUCAUUGGAAUACUGCUCUAUGACGUCUAAUAGGGUGGUCUGGACGUGACAGCUGUCAUCAGGUAAAUACAAGCUUUAUACAAAAAAAGACUGCAAAUUCAAAUCGGGCGCUCUUGUUGAGACACCCAUUAUAUGCUAGCGUGUGCGGCUAUCUUAAGUUCAUUUCUGGGAUUAUGCACAACAUGAAAUUGACUCUUCAACUGUCAAGUCUGUUUUUUGGAACAUGGAACACUAUUAAUUUGAAUACAAGAUGAUUAUGUAAAUGUGAUUUGGAGAGAUAACUGUUAUCGGCUUUUAAUCCUGGUUUCACUAUCGAGGCUUCUGUUAGGGCGUGUUUUCGAAGAGGUUACCACUAGUUAGUUUUUACGUUGAAAGUAUUUUUAGUUAUGAAAACGAUGAUUAUUAAUAAUCGUUGGUGUAGUGGUGAAAACUACCGAAUUACUGAGUAAUUCGUGAUUUUUUACAGUUCACGUGUUAAUCAAUAUCUAGGGAAGAAUAAUAUCAAGUCGAAAAUUGGGGUACCUUGAAGCAAAAAAAAAACUUUUUUAAUAAGAAAAAAUUUCCUAUAUUUUGUAUUUUAAUACUGACGUUCCUAAGCUGCCAUCGUAAUUUUUUAUACCUUUAUCACGAAUUCAGGUACAGAGUCAAAUUCACUUGGCUCAGUGUUUUUGUUUUCUCUACACCAACUGUUUUAGUUUCCUUUUGUGAUAGUAAUUAGUUAUGUAGUUUUCUUGCCCCGUUAUUUAGAUUCCAAGAGGUAACCUCUCUGGAGGAAACUUUCUAAGAAUUGUCAUGAAAAUAUAUCAUGAAGGCCUGAAAUGAUAGAUCUUGGAUAUGUUCAAAUUAGUUUUGAACUAAGAAUAAAAUUUCGAAAAAUCCAUGCAGAUUACACAUUUUUUAUUUACUCCACUGAAUACUGUUGAAUCUAAUUUUACUACACCUUUUCACAUUAUCUCUAGAUAAGAAAGAAUCCGUGUUAUGUCUUAAAACAUGUGAAUACUUGUUUGACAAUUUCAAGAAAGUCUCCCAAAAAUUGUGUGUAUAAAAAAUGUGUGAGAACUUUUGUAUAUUAGUUAGGUAUUAAAAUUCAGAGUACUUUGUAAUCUUUAUAUCUAAAGUUAUUUAUAAUGUUUAUUUACAAAAUAUAUAUUUUCUAUCGAAGUCCGUUAUUGAGAUAUUUCAUUUUCCUAAAAGG